UCGACCGCGUUCCUCUAACAUAUUGGGCAGCGAGCGAAUAGGCGACUGUUAUAUAGGAGCAUGUGAUAUGUCUUGUGACACAUAUACACAAUAAUAGCGCGCCCGCAUACCCUGGUGCUGUUACAGCUUAGUAAUAGGCAUGCAUGCUCAUACAAAUUCAGGAACUAGCGAUAAAAGCUGGGGGAGAGCACAGUGACAGGUGUUCUGUAUUCCUUGAGCACACACUUCCUUCUCUGGAGCAACAAUGCUGGAGUCAGUUGUAGCUGAUCUUUUGAACAGGUUCCUGGGGGAUUAUGUAGAGAACCUGGACAGAUCUCAGCUCAAAUUAGGAAUCUGGGGUGGAAAUGUUGCCCUUGAAAAUCUCCAGAUUAGAGAAAAUGCAUUGAGUGAACUGGAUGUGCCUUUUAAAGUCAAAGUUGGACAGAUAGAUAAGCUCAUUUUGAAAAUUCCUUGGAAGAAUUUGUAUGGAGAAGCUGUGGUUGCAACACUAGAAGGUCUUUAUCUAUUGGUGGUACCAGGAGCAAGCAUUAAAUAUGAUGCAGAAAAAGAAGAGAAACAGCUUCAAGAAGCAAAACAGCGGGAACUAUUGCGUAUUGAGGAGGCCAUGCAAAAAGCUGCAGAGAAAGAUAAGCCAAAAGAGGAGAAAAAGGACACAUUUAUUGAAAAACUUGCAGCCCAGGUCAUCAAAAACCUUCAGAUUAAAAUCACGAACAUUCACAUCCGCUAUGAAGAUGAUAUCACUGAUUCCACAAUUCCAGUGUCUGUUGGGGUUACCUUGGGUGAGCUGAGCCUUCAGACCUCAAAUGAGGCUUGGGUACCAUGCGUGUUAAAUGAAGCAGCUAAAACCAUUUAUAAGUUGGUACGUCUACACUGCUUCAGCACCUACUGGAAUGUUAACAGUACAAUGUUUUACCACAAAUCCAGAGAUGACAUUUUGAGAAAGUUGAAAAAUGGAGUAAUGCCCAGCGAGAGAAAACCAGAAGAUUUUCAGUACAUAUUCCAGCCUGUUUCUGCAUCUGCCAAACUAUACAUCAAUCCUGAAGCAGAACUGGAGCAGCGAACACCAAAGAUUGACUGGUGCAUGGAAGUUCAGCAUAUUGCUAUAGAACUAACCAAGCCUCAGUAUCUGAGUAUGAUCGACAUGCUGGAGUCAGUGGAUUACAUGGUUAGGAAUGCACCUUACAGGAAGUACAGACCAGAGGUCUCACUGCAAGAGGACACCAGACAGUGGUGGAACUAUGCCAUAAAAAGUAUACUUGAUGUUCAUGUAAAACGGAGAGCGCACAUGUGGUGCUGGACUAAUAUAGUGGAGCACCGACUUAAUCUGAAAAACUAUAAGACUGCUUUUAAGAAGAAACUAACUCAGAGUAAGGUUCCUGAGGAGACCCUGAAACAACUACAGAGCUUGGAGAAAAGCCUUGAUGUUUUCAAUAUAGUCCUAGCCAGACAGCAAGCUCAGGCAGAGGUAGUUAGAUCAGGUCAAAAACUUCUAGCCAAGAAGUCCUCUCAGACUGGAGAGAAGAAGAGUGGGGGAUGGUUUGGUGGAUUCUGGAGCAAAAAGGAAGUUGCCAAGAAAGAAGAUUCUGAUGAACUCUCAGUUCCUGAAAAAAUUGAGGACUUAAUGACCCCAGAAGAGAAGACCAAGCUUUUUACUGCUAUUGGGUACAGUGAGAGCUCUCACAAUCUUACAUUGCCUAAAAGAUAUGUGGCUCAUAUCCUGUGCUUCAAACUGCUGAGCACAACCAUAACCAUUCGUGAAAAUAUUCACACCCCGGAAACAUUGAAGGUGCAAAUUAUUGAUCUGAGCACAAGCAUCUUCCAGAGACCAGGAGCACAGGCCAUUAAAAUAGAAGCCAAAUUGGAGCGCUGGUUUGUGACAGGCCUGAGGCAGCAAAAUAUUGUACCAUCGCUUAUAACCUCAGUAGACUCCAACAAGUCAUCCCUUCUUAAAAUCCAAUUUGAAACUAACCCAGAGGAUAGUACUGCUGACCAAGUCCUGAUACUACAAUCCCAGCCUGUGGAGAUUAUUUAUGAUGCAAUAACCAUCAAUGCUUUAGCAGAGUUUUUCCAGACAAACAAAGGAAUGGAUCUGGAGCAGUUAACAUCUGCGACAUUGAUGAAGCUUGAAGAGAUCAAGGAACGGACAGCUGCAGGUCUUUCGCACAUAAUCGAAACAAGGAAAGUUCUUGAUUUAAGGAUAAAUCUCCAGCCUUCAUUUCUACUGCUUCCAAAGUCUGGUUUCUAUCAUGAGAAGACGGACCUUAUAAUUGUAGAUUUUGGUAGUUUUCAGCUCAGCAGCAUAGAUCAAGGUGCUCACCGGUCUGCCAACUUUUCAUCCCUGGAAGAGCUGAUGGAUAAAGCGUAUGACAAGUUUAAUGUCCAAAUCAAAAACAUCCACAUCUUGUUUGGAAGAGCAGGGGAAGACUGGAAAAAAGCUCGAUUUAUGACUUCUUCAUCCUUACACAUUUUGCAGCCACUGGAUAUUGGGGUACAGCUAAGUAAAGCAAUGGUUGAACGAGAUCGUAGGAUGCCCAGGUUUAAAGUAUCUGGAGAGUUGCCUCUGUUACAUGUUAAAAUAUCAGACCAAAAAAUUCAAGGAGUGUUUGAAUUGCUCGAUAGCAUUCCUCUUCCAAAGACAUCUAGUACCCCAAGUAAAGAGCAUAAAAAGGUUCCUGCAAUGUCCAUCUUGGCCAGGAGACCAGAAACGAUAUUUAAACAAGAUAUUGGAAAAUCUCUACUUUUGGAUUCUGACUCGGAUGAGUAUUUUGACCUGGAUGAUGAUGUUUCUUCGCCUGUUAGACCUGAACCUGUCCAUCAAGAAAUUGUAGCAAGACCGGAAACAGAAACUUCAACAGAGACAGAUGGAGAGGAGCUAACUAAUCUUCAUCUUACUUUUGAAGUAAAAGAGGUGACUUUAGAGUUUACUAAACAGCGUGGGAAGCAGGAAGAUAGAAUCUUGAUGUUUAGUAUCCAGCAGCUUGGAACUGAAGCCUGUAUGAAGACUUAUGAUUUAACUGCAGUGUCCUAUCUGAAAAAAAUCAACCUGGAUUAUUAUGAUAUUAAUGAUUUCAGCAAACAGCCUCUGCAUUUGAUCAGUUCUUCCGACAAACAGGGGUUAGAUCUUCUAAAACUUGAGUUCAUUAAGGCUGAGAAAAAUGGUCCAGACUUUCAAACCACUUUUGGAAGCACUGAACAGACUUUAAAGGUGGCCUUUUCAUCUGUGGAACUCUUGCUACACUCUCAGGCUUUGCUCUCUGCCAUCAGCUUCCUGACAGAAGCUAUCCCAAGCCUCCCUGAUAAGGCUGAUAAAAGCCCAACGCAAGAGCAACAGGACAGAGGAACGUUUGUUAAAAAAGCUGCAAAGGUUUCAAAAGAUAAGGAUGUGUUCUUCUUCAAAUUAUUUGCGAAGCUGGAUUCUUUCAGAGUGAAUGUGUGUGAUGGAGAUCGACAAAUCACUGAGAUUAUAAUACAGGGCCUAGACUCUUCAGUUUCCAUCCAGAUGAACCAAAUACAAGCCUUUGCCCGGCUACGGGAUAUUAUUGUUAAUGAUGUAAACCCAGAGACUAUUCAUAAAAAGGCUGUGUCCAUUAUGGAAGAUGAGGUUUUCAAUUUCAAUUUGACUCUCUACCCUGAUGCCACUCAAGGAGAAGCCUACAAGGAUGUAUCCAAGGUUGAUGGGGAAGUAUCUCUCAGGGUUGGCUGUAUUCAGAUAGUCUUCCUUCACAAGUUCCUCAUGUCUCUUCUAAGCUUCUUGAAUAACUUUCAGGCAACAAAAGAAAGGGUCAGUGUUGCAACAGCCCAAGCAGCUCAUCGUGCAGCCAACAGUGUAAAAGGCUUGUCAGAGAGGAGCUUCCGGCUGCUCAUGGAUAUCCACCUUAAAGCACCAGUGAUUGUAAUACCGCAGUCCUCUGUGUCGCUUAAUGCUAUUGUGGCAGAUUUGGGGCUACUUAGAAUACACAAUGAGUUCAGCCUAGUGGCUUCUUCUGAAGACCAGCAGCUCCCUCCGGUCAUAGAUAAAAUGUCUGUACAGCUGACAGAGUUGAAGUUAUCACGGACAGUACUGCAUUCUGAUGCAUCCAGGUCUGACAUACAGAUCCUUCAUCCUAUUGACCUGAACCUUUCAGUGCAUCGAAAUCUAGCUGCAGCUUGGUACCAUCAAAUUCCUGCUAUGGAAAUGAAGGGACACCUCAAUACUAUGGAGGUUGGUCUGAGCCAGGAAGAUAUUAGUGUGCUACUUAAUGUCCUUGUAGAGAACCUGGGAGAAGCAGAGGGAGAUGUCAAAAUUGAAAAGCAAAUUGAGAUCACUAAAUCUAAAGAGGAAACACUUGGGGUUCAAAAACCUGUGGAAAAUAUCAUGGGUGAUUAUACUUCUGAGACCACAAAGGAUGCCAGAGACUCAACUGCACUAAAUCUACUGCUUAAUUUUGAAAUCAAGGAGGUUGUGGUGAGACUGAUGAGGCAGGGUGGGCUAGACAUAUCUCCAUUUCAUGUUCUACAUGUAUCUCAGCUAGGAACUGAAGCAAGGGUAGGGAACCACGAGAUAAAUGCAUCCGUUUACUUGAGAAAAAUCACCAUGAUCUGCAAUGAAUUCUCAGGUCCUAAUGGAGGUCCUCUUCAUCUUAUUAAUUCUUCAGAUGAGACUGGAGAUCAUCUUCUAAAAAUGGAAUACAUAAAGGCUGAUCGAAAUGGGCCAAAUUUUAAAGCUUUCCACAAAAAUACAGAGCAGACGCUGAGUGUUACUAUGUCAACUUUAGAUCUGAUCCUACACACUCAGGCAUUGCUUUCAUUGAUAGACUUCUUGUCUUCUGCCAUUCCAUCUUCUGGAGAGCAAGCACCUAAAAGAGCUCAGGAGGCAAGACUGCAAACAGAAAAACAAAAGUUUGCGGUGAUCAGGCCAGAUUCUGCUACGUUAGCUGAGGAAGAUAUUUUUAACUUAAAACUCUCAGCCAGACUGAAUGCCUUCAACGUAUUUGUUUGUGAUGAGCUGUGUAAAAUUGCUGACAUAAGAAUACAAGGUAUGGAUGCUUCUAUUGCUGUACAGACCAGACAGACUGAAGUGUUUGCUCGACUUCGAGAUAUUGUUGUCAUAGAUGUUGAUCCCAAAACCAUUCACCAAAAGGCUGUCUUUAUUGUUGGGGAUGAGGUAUUCAGCUUUAAAAUGUUGCUGUACCCAGAGGCAACUGAAGGAGCAUCCUAUACAGACAUGUCAGUAGUUGAUGGCAAGAUAUCCCUGAAAGUGGGCUGUAUUCAUAUUGUGUAUCUGCACAAAUUUCUUAUGUCUCUUUUGAAUUUCUUGAACAAAUUCCAAGCAGCCAAGGAGGCCCUAAGCACAGCCACAGCCCAGGCUGCGGAGAAGGCUGCAACUAGCAUGAAAGAAUUUGCCCAAAAGAGCUUCCGCCUCUCAAUGGACAUUGACCUAAAGGCACCUGUCAUUAUUAUUCCACAGUCCUCCACCUCCACCAAUGCUAUUGUUGCUGAUUUGGGCUUAAUCCAGGUCCAGAAUAAGUUUUCUUUAGUUCCUGAAGAGAACUGUCCUCUUCCACCUGUUAUUGAUGAGAUGAACAUUCAGCUAACGCAGUUGCAGUUAUCAAGGACUGUUCUUCAGAGUGGUUCUGAACUUCCAGUCCUGGAACUUCUAAAGCCAGUAAACCUCCUGGUUUCUGUAAAGAGAAAUCUUGCUGCUUCUUGGUAUCCACAGAUCCCCGCCAUGCAAAUUGUUGGAGACUUAAAACCCAUGCAGCUUGCCUUAAGCCAAGAAGACCUAACUAUCCUGAUGAGUGUCCUUUUUGAAAACCUUUCUGAGUUGCCUUCUUUGCCAAGUGAAAAACAGCCCCCUGAAGUGUUUGAGAAGGUGAAGAAGACAACAGUUCAGAGUGACUCAAAAGAGAUAAAAGAAGCAGACCGCUCAGAGCCUAUGUCAGAAGAAGAUAUGGGAGAUGAUGCUCCAGCAGUCACUCUGAAGUUUGAGUUUAAUUUCCAAUCACUCUCUAUUGUAUUGUACAGUAAUGACAAUAGCCAAGAGGCUCCACACUGGCAGCAUAGUGAUAGCAUGCGUCUGGGAGAGAUGAGGCUUCAUCUUCUCACCUCUUCUGGUAGAAUGUUUGCCGAUGGCUCUAUGGACGUUUCCACUCGUCUCAAGACCUGUAUACUCGAUGACCUCAGAGAGGGAAUCACCAGAGCCACUUCUAGAAUGAUUGACCAGAAAGAUAAGUCCACCGAGCGCAACAUGAUUGACAUCACCUACAAGCAGACGACGCAGCACCGCUCGCUUGUUGCGAUCUUGGAAAAACUUUACAUUUGUGCAAGUGUGGAGUUCUUGAUGGCUGUUGGUGAGUUUUUCAUCCAGUCCAUACCACAGAGCCCAUCUUCAGACAAACCUGUACAAAGCCAGCAAAAGCAAGCACUGACAAAGCCCAAGGAAGAAAAAGAGUCUAAGGAGAUGCAAAGAAUGAGUGUUAAAGCACUGAUUAUGGACCCAGAAAUUGUUUUUGUGGCCAGCCUGACUAAAGCAGAUGCCCCUGCCUUAUCAGUGUCUUUUCAAGGCACUAUAGCGUUUUCUAGUGAGCCCCAAAUGCAGAAGAUGGUAGCUGUUGUCAAGGAGUUUAAAGUUUUGGCCUGCCCUUUCCUCAGGGAAUUAAGAGGAAGCAACAUGACCACGGUUCUACAGCCCUGCUCGUUGCAGUUGGAAAGCACAAGAGAUGUAACGGGUGCCCAAAAUGCCAGCCUUAGCCUAGAAGAAGUCAUUAUUAAGUGGUUAACUAUGUUCAUGAAAUAUGAUAUUUGCUGUGGCCUGUCAGGGGCAGAUGGAAUUGAACAGCACAAUUUUAAAAAGUAUUGUACAACAAAAGCAGAUUUCAGCAAACAGCCUCUGCAUUUGAUCAGUUCUUCCGACAAACAGGGGUUAGAUCUUCUAAAACUUGAGUUCAUUAAGGCUGAGAAAAAUGGUCCAGACUUUCAAACCACUUUUGGAAGCACUGAACAGACUUUAAAGGUGGCCUUUUCAUCUGUGGAACUCUUGCUACACUCUCAGGCUUUGCUCUCUGCCAUCAGCUUCCUGACAGAAGCUAUCCCAAGCCUCCCUGAUAAGGCUGAUAAAAGCCCAACGCAAGAGCAACAGGACAGAGGAACGUUUGUUAAAAAAGCUGCAAAGGUUUCAAAAGAUAAGGAUGUGUUCUUCUUCAAAUUAUUUGCGAAGCUGGAUUCUUUCAGAGUGAAUGUGUGUGAUGGAGAUCGACAAAUCACUGAGAUUAUAAUACAGGGCCUAGACUCUUCAGUUUCCAUCCAGAUGAACCAAAUACAAGCCUUUGCCCGGCUACGGGAUAUUAUUGUUAAUGAUGUAAACCCAGAGACUAUUCAUAAAAAGGCUGUGUCCAUUAUGGAAGAUGAGGUUUUCAAUUUCAAUUUGACUCUCUACCCUGAUGCCACUCAAGGAGAAGCCUACAAGGAUGUAUCCAAGGUUGAUGGGGAAGUAUCUCUCAGGGUUGGCUGUAUUCAGAUAGUCUUCCUUCACAAGUUCCUCAUGUCUCUUCUAAGCUUCUUGAAUAACUUUCAGGCAACAAAAGAAAGGGUCAGUGUUGCAACAGCCCAAGCAGCUCAUCGUGCAGCCAACAGUGUAAAAGGCUUGUCAGAGAGGAGCUUCCGGCUGCUCAUGGAUAUCCACCUUAAAGCACCAGUGAUUGUAAUACCGCAGUCCUCUGUGUCGCUUAAUGCUAUUGUGGCAGAUUUGGGGCUACUUAGAAUACACAAUGAGUUCAGCCUAGUGGCUUCUUCUGAAGACCAGCAGCUCCCUCCGGUCAUAGAUAAAAUGUCUGUACAGCUGACAGAGUUGAAGUUAUCACGGACAGUACUGCAUUCUGAUGCAUCCAGGUCUGACAUACAGAUCCUUCAUCCUAUUGACCUGAACCUUUCAGUGCAUCGAAAUCUAGCUGCAGCUUGGUACCAUCAAAUUCCUGCUAUGGAAAUGAAGGGACACCUCAAUACUAUGGAAGUUGGUCUGAGCCAGGAAGAUAUUAGUGUGCUACUUAAUGUCCUUGUAGAGAACCUGGGAGAAGCAGAGGGAGAUGUCAAAAUUGAAAAGCAAAUUGAGAUCACUAAAUCUAAAGAGGAAACACUUGGGGUUCAAAAACCUGUGGAAAAUAUCAUGGGUGAUUAUACUUCUGAGACCACAAAGGAUGCCAGAGACUCAACUGCACUAAAUCUACUGCUUAAUUUUGAAAUCAAGGAGGUUGUGGUGAGACUGAUGAGGCAGGGUGGGCUAGACAUAUCUCCAUUUCAUGUUCUACAUGUAUCUCAGCUAGGAACUGAAGCAAGGGUAGGGAACCACGAGAUAAAUGCAUCCGUUUACUUGAGAAAAAUCACCAUGAUCUGCAAUGAAUUCUCAGGUCCUAAUGGAGGUCCUCUUCAUCUUAUUAAUUCUUCAGAUGAGACUGGAGAUCAUCUUCUAAAAAUGGAAUACAUAAAGGCUGAUCGAAAUGGGCCAAAUUUUAAAGCUUUCCACAAAAAUACAGAGCAGACGCUGACUGUAACUAUGUCAACUUUAGAUCUGAUCCUACACACUCAGGCAUUGCUUUCAUUGAUAGACUUCUUGUCUUCUGCCAUUCCAUCUUCUGGAGAGCAAGCACCUAAAAGAGCUCAGGAGGCAAGACUGCAAACAGAAAAACAAAAGUUUGCGGUGACCAGGCCAGAUUCUGCUACGUUAGCUGAGGAAGAUAUUUUUAACUUAAAACUCUCAGCCAGACUGAAUGCCUUCAAUGUAUUUGUUUGUGAUGAGCUGUGUAAAAUUGCUGACAUAAGAAUACAAGGUAUGGAUGCUUCUAUUGCUGUACAGACCAGACAGACUGAAGUGUUUGCUCGACUUCGAGAUAUUGUUGUCAUAGAUGUUGAUCCCAAAACCAUUCACCAAAAGGCUGUCUUUAUUGUUGGGGAUGAGGUAUUCAGCUUUAAAAUGUUGCUGUUCCCAGAGGCAACUGAAGGAGCAUCCUAUACAGACAUGUCAGUAGUUGAUGGCAAGAUAUCCCUGAAAGUGGGCUGUAUUCAUAUUGUGUAUCUGCACAAAUUUCUUAUGUCUCUUUUGAAUUUCUUGAACAAAUUCCAAGCAGCCAAGGAGGCCCUAAGCACAGCCACAGCCCAGGCUGCGGAGAAGGCUGCAACUAGCAUGAAAGAAUUUGCCCAAAAGAGCUUCCGCCUCUCAAUGGACAUUGACCUAAAGGCACCUGUCAUUAUUAUUCCACAGUCCUCCACUUCCACCAAUGCUAUUGUUGCUGAUUUGGGCUUAAUCCAGGUCCAGAAUAAGUUUUCUUUAGUUCCUGAAGAGAACUGUCCUCUUCCACCUGUUAUUGAUGAGAUGAACAUUCAGCUAACGCAGUUGCAGUUAUCAAGGACUGUUCUUCAGAGUGGCUCUGAACUUCCAGUCCUGGAACUUCUAAAGCCAGUAAACCUCCUGGUUUCUGUAAAGAGAAAUCUUGCUGCUUCUUGGUAUCCACAGAUCCCCGCCAUGCAAAUUGUUGGAGACUUAAAACCCAUGCAGCUUGCCUUAAGCCAAGAAGACCUAACUAUCCUGAUGAGUGUCCUUUUUGAAAACCUUUCUGAGUUGCCUUCUUUGCCAAGUGAAAAACAGCCCCCUGAAGUGUUUGAGAAGGUGAAGAAGACAACAGUUCAGAGUGACUCAAAAGAGAUGAAAGAAGCAGACCGCUCAGAGCCUAUGUCAGAAGAAGAUAUGGGAGAUGAUGCUCCAGCAGUCACUCUGAAGUUUGAGUUUAAUUUCCAAUCACUCUCUAUUGUAUUGUACAGUAAUGACAAUAGCCAAGAGGCUCCACUCUGGCAGCAUAGUGAUAGCAUGCGUCUGGGAGAGAUGAGGCUUCAUCUUCUCACCUCUUCUGGUAGAAUGUUUGCCGAUGGCUCUAUGGACGUUUCCACUCGUCUCAAGACCUGUAUACUCGAUGACCUCAGAGAGGGAAUCACCAGAGCCACUUCUAGAAUGAUUGACCAGAAAGAUAAGUCCACCGAGCGCAACAUGAUUGACAUCACCUACAAGCAGACGACGCAGCACCGCUCGCUUGUUGCGAUCUUGGAAAAACUUUACAUUUGUGCAAGUGUGGAGUUCUUGAUGGCUGUUGGUGAGUUUUUCAUCCAGUCCAUACCACAGAGCCCAUCUUCAGACAAACCUGUACAAAGCCAGCAAAAGCAAGCACUGACAAAGCCCAAGGAAGAAAAAGAGUCUAAGGAGAUGCAAAGAAUGAGUGUUAAAGCACUGAUUAUGGACCCAGAAAUUGUUUUUGUGGCCAGCCUGACUAAAGCAGAUGCCCCUGCCUUAUCAGUGUCUUUUCAAGGCACUAUAGCGUUUUCUAGUGAGCCCCAAAUGCAGAAGAUGGUAGCUGUUGUCAAGGAGUUUAAAGUUUUGGCCUGCCCUUUCCUCAGGGAAUUAAGAGGAAGCAACAUGACCACGGUUCUACAGCCCUGCUCGUUGCAGUUGGAAAGCACAAGAGAUGUAACGGGUGCCCAAAAUGCCAGCCUUAGCCUAGAAGAAGUCAUUAUUAAGAUAUCCCCAAUUAUUCUUAACACUUUGCAAACAAUCAUGGCUGCCUUGAAGCCAAAGGCCAAGGAGGAUGUGAGUAAAGAAGCUUCCAAUGAACACAAAAAUAUCUGGGAUGUGAGGACAAUUGACAGUUGCAACAGCUGGUUCAUGGGAGUAGACUCUACCCAUAACACCACAGAAAGCUUUGUGAGUCAAGAUGGACUUCAGAAACAGGAAAACUUUGACAUAGAAGUGAGAACUGUACAGGUGACUCUAGAGUGUGGAUUGGGCCACCACACUGUGCCACUACUUCUGGUGGAGUCUAUGUUCACAGGAACAGUGAAGAAUUGGUCAUCUCUCUUGCAUGUGAAGGCAGACACUACUUUAGAGGUUCACUAUUACAAUGAGAACUAUGCCGCAUGGGAGCCUCUCAUUGAGCGAGUGGAUGGUGGACUUCGUUCAUGGACUCUAAAGCUUGAGAUUAAGAAUAAUCCCGUGCAAAACAGGAGUCUUCUUCCUGGAGAUGAUUUCAUAAUGCUUCCUGAACCUCAGUCUUCCAUUAACAUAUCCUCCAAGGAUGUCAUGAACAUCACUGUCUCUAAGAGUACUUUGAGUGUUUUCAGCAAUCUUUCUAAGGCUUUUUCUGAAGGAACUGCUUCAACAUUUGACUACUCCUUUAAGGACAGUCCACCGCUAACUGUAAGAAAUGCAUUAGGGCUUUCUGUAAUGGUGCAACAUAGCCCAAAUGUGCGUGGUUUUGGGAGCUCAACUCAUGAACGUGUCCACGAGAUUGCUCAAGGAAAGUCUCUGGAUCUUGAAUACUCCUCCAUGGAGUCCGUGACUCGGGGAAAGCUGUCAGCACUGCACCGACAGGAGAGCAAUCUUUUUACACUUACCAUUGUGCCCCAGGGAUAUACAGAAGUUGCAAACAUUCCCUUAACCAAGCCCUCCAGACGCCUGUAUAAUGUACGCAGUCCAUUAAUGGAAAACUGUGUCUCCAUUAUUGCUCAGAUUGAUGCUGUAGAAGGGAAUAAAGUUGUCACAAUCAGAUCUCCUCUCCAGAUCAAGAACCAUUUCUCUGUUCCAUUUACAAUUUACAAGUUUGUGCAAAGUGCCAAGUUACUGGAGCCUAUUGGAGUGUCUAGACCAGAUGAAGAGUUUCAUGUGCCCCUUGAUUCUUACAGGUGUCAGCUGUUCUUGAGACCAGCGGGUGCUUUAGAAGGUCAGUUCAAGGAAUCCACAAGCUACAUAACAUGGAAAGAGAUGCUUCAUAGAAGCAGUGAAGUGAGAUGUACUCUGCAGUGCCCAUCCUCUGAGGUCAAUUUCCUGCCCCUGAUUGUGAACUGCAUUGCGAUUCCUGACGAAAUAAACUUUAUCGCCAACCAUGGGGAGAAAGAGUGGGAUCCAGCAUAUAUUAUUCAUCUGCAUCCAUCACUAACCAUUAGGAAUCUUCUACCCUACUCUUUGAGAUACCUACUAGAGGGUACUGCAGAUGCCCAUGAAUUGGCAGAGGGAAGCACUGCUGACGUUCUGCACUCACGUAUAGCUGGAGAAAUUAUGGAGCUUGUCUUAAUUAAGUACCAAGGCAAGAACUGGAAUGGGCAUUUCCGUGUCCGUCAAGAGCUUCCUGAGUUCUUUCCUGUGUGCUUCACUGCAGACACCUCUGAAGUGAUGACGGUGGACCUCACUAUGCAUGUGAAACGCGUUGCCAACCGUGUGAUUCUUUCUGUCUUCAGCCCCUAUUGGAUUAUCAACAAGACAUCUCGUGUCCUGCAGUAUCGAGCUGAGGAAAUUCAUGUGAAGCAUCCAGCUGAUUUCAGAGAUGUUAUACUAUUUUCAUUCAAAAAGAAAAACAUUUUUACCAAGAACAAGAUCCAGCUUUGUAUUUCCACAAGUGCCUGGUCUACUGGGUUUUCUCUGGAUACAGUCGGGAGUUAUGGGUGUGUGAAGUGCCGUUCAAAUAAAAUGGAAUAUCUGGUUGGGGUAAACAUUAAAAUGAGCAGCUUUAAUCUGAGUCGAAUUAUCACUCUCACUCCGUUCUACACUCUGGUCAACAAGUGCGAGUUUGAGCUUGAAGUUGGAGAAAUCGUAAUGGAUGGUGCUGUGUCAAACAUCAUAUGGAAUUACAUUUCCUCCUCUGAGUGCAUCCCUUUCUGGCCUGAGAAUGUGUUGGGAAAGCUUUGUGUCAGAGUUGUUGGCUGUGAAGGAUGUUCAAACCCCUUUUACUUUAACAAACAAGACAAUGGGACUCUGCUGAGGCUGGAUUCUGUGAAAACAGGCCUUAUUGUAGAUAUCAGCAUAUCUGAUCACUCAAUAGUUAUCAGGUUCUCAGAUUACUAUGAAGGAGCUGCACCUGCACUUAUUGUGAACCACACACCUCGGGCCAAGCUUACAUACUACCAGAGUGAGACAAAAGAAGAGAAUGAACUUGUUCCAGAAAAGGCAGGUCUGUUUGCCUGGGCAGAUCCAGCAGGGACAAAAAAACUGACCUGGAGAUACGCCGACAACAUAGGGGAGCUUGACUUGCUGAAAGAUGAAAGUGGGCAAUUUGCAUACAACUCGGACAUCCAGAUACAUUGGGUGUCAUUCCUUGAUGGGCGUCAGAGGGUUUUGUUGUUCACAGAAGAUGUUGCCUUAGUGACAAAAGCACGUCAGGCAGAGGAGUUGGAGCAACCUGACCAAGAACUUAAUGUGUCUAUCCACAGCCUUGGCUUGUCACUUAUCAACAAUGAUAGCAAGCAAGAAAUCUCUUACAUAGGAAUUACCAGCUCUGGUGUUGUAUGGGAGAUGAAGCCAAAGCAGAAGUGGAAGCCUUUCCACCAGAAACAGAUCAUACAGUUAGAACAAGCCUACAAGGAAUACCUUACCACCCAAGUACCAGGAUGGACUAAGAUAGACAACAACUUUGAGGUUAGCUUUAGCAAAAUGCCGAUGGUAAUGCGUCAACCUGUGAAAUGUUGUAUCCGGAGAAAUUUUCUGCCUGGUAUUCAAAUAGAGUUCAAGCAGUCACCUCACCAAAGAAGCUUGCGGGCCCAGUUGUUUUGGCUGCAGGUAGACAACCAGCUACCUGGUUCAAUGUUUCCUGCUGUGUUCCAUCCUGUAGCACCUCCAAAAUCCAUUGCUUUGGAUUCUGAGCCCAAACCUUUUAUUGAUAUCAGCAUUAUUACAAGAUUUAACGAAUUCAGCAAAAUCAUGCAAUUUAAGUAUUUUAUGGUUCUGAUCCAGUGUAUGGCUUUGAAGAUUGAUCAGGGCUUCCUAGCUGCCGUCAUAGGAUUGUUUACACCAUCAACAGAUCCAGAAACUGAGAGACAGCGUACAUGUCUCAUCCAAAAAGAUCUGGAUGCAUUGAGUACAGAGCUAAUGGAAUCCUCACUGACAGAUAUAUCCACUCAGAGCUUCUUUGAACACUUCCACAUCUCUCCACUGAAGUUACACCUCAGUCUCUCCCUUGGAGCAGGAGGGGAAGAGUCUGGCAAAGAAGAACAUGAAAUUGUUGCUAUUGGCUCUGUCAACCUCUUGCUGAAGAGCAUCGGAGCCACACUAACAGAUGUAGACGAUCUCAUUUUUAAAUUGGCCUGUUUUGAGGUGAAAUAUCAGUUCUAUAAGCGAGAACAGUUGAUGAAAUUGGUUGUCAGGCAUUACAGUGAACAGUUCCUGAAGCAGAUGUACGUCCUUCUCUUGGGCCUGGAUGUCCUGGGAAACCCCUUUGGCCUUAUCAGAGGUCUAUCUGAAGGGGUGGAAGCUUUCUUCUAUGAACCCUUCCAGGGAGCUGUUCAGGGACCAGAGGAGUUUGCAGAGGGAUUUGUAAUUGGAGUGAGGAGUCUACUUGGCCACACCGUGGGUGGAGCCGCUGGAGUGGUGUCUCGCAUAACAGGAUCUGUAGGGAAGGGUUUGGCUGCCAUAACCAUGGAUAAAGAAUAUCAGCAAAAGCGGAGAGAGGAGAUGGGCAGGCAGCCAAAGGACUUUGGAGACAGUUUGGCAAAGGGAGGAAAGGGAUUUUUGAGAGGAGUAGUCGGUGGAGUGACUGGAAUAAUCACCAAACCUGUGGAAGGUGCAAAGAGAGAGGGAGCAGCUGGGUUCUUCAAAGGCAUUGGAAAAGGCCUUGUGGGAGUUGUGGCACGACCUACAGGUGGCAUUAUUGAUAUGGCGAGUAGUACAUUCCAGGGCAUACAGAGAGCUGCUGAAUCUACAGAAGAAAUAUCUCCACUUCGCCCCCCUCGAUUAAUUCAUGAAGAUGGCAUUAUUAGACCAUACAAUCAGAGUGAAGCUCAGGGCUUUAAUCUAUUUGAGAAUUCCAAUAUCAAAAAACUGGAUGGAGAAAUUUAUAGAUACUGCUGUUCUCUGCGUCAAAAUAGGAAAAGCAACCUGAUAAUCACCAAUAGGAGGGUAUUAUGUGUGAAGGAAGUGGAGAUCCUUGGCCACAGAACUAUAGAUUGGGACUACUCCUUUGAAGACUUUCUCCGUCCACCGACUGUGGAAGAAAACAUACUGAAUCUCUUUGUCAAGGACCAGGGGCUCUUAGUUUUCCAUAAGAAAGACAGCAGCAUUCAAGAAAGCCAGAAAAGAAUCCAACUCCUAGAUAGCUUAGCUGCACGGGAGGUUCUGAAAGCGAUAGAUGAUGCUCAGGCAACCAUGCAGCAGCAUGUGUUAGUGAGACAGAAAUCCGAACGAUUUAACCAGCAGUACGGUUGCUGAAAACAAAAGUGGCGUCUCUGAAUUUGCAAUGGUUUACUCUACAUUUCUGUAUAACACAAAAAAACAUUUUCAACAAUAUCAUUAAAUACUUAUGUGCUUUACACUUUUUGUACUUAAGGAAUACAAGUGACUUACUAUAUGGUAUGAAAGUCACAGGUCUUCCAGACAUUACAGACUUUAUAUGAUGAGUCUUCCAUUGGCUGCACAGGUAUUGAGUGUACAGCCAUCAAUGUGUCCGUUGUGUGCAGAGGUCUCCUACAGUAUGUGGUUUGUGAUCUACAAAUUCGGGUGACUGUUGAUCAUGUUUUUGAUAGGUGAUCUGUGUGCAGGUAAAUUUAAGAAACACAUUUUGUAUUCUUUGUUGUUCUGAUAAAAAAAAUACUGCUCUGUAUAAAGGUACUUUUGAUUAAAUACAUAUAUAUUGAUUUAUGA